GGCAGUUGUCAUGUCCCCACAGCGCCGCUAGUGGCUCUGUGAGUCCGCCGAGCUCUGAACUCUAAACUCCCGCAGAUCUGUUCAAUGAGAGAAGACGAUAACAUAAUAUCGAAAGUACAUUAGUGAUCGCUUUGACGGUUAACCACCUCAACAGGGAAUAAUAUUCCUAAGCAUAAGGAAUUCCGAUGAAUAUUCGGUGCAGUUGAUGAUCUGUGGCGUUUGUACAGUCUUGUCCGGAGUGAGACCCCGUAGAGGCUGAACCCACUGCAGCUGAUGUUCUCAGGGACCCGAGUCACGUGAUGUACGAAGGCAAACACAUCCAUUUCUCAGAGGUGGAUAAUAAGCCGCUGUGCUCCUACAGCCCCAAACUCUGCAAGCAGCGCAGGUUGAACGGAUACGCCUUCUGCAUUCGUCAUGUUCUGGAGGACAAAACCGCUCCGUUUAAACAGUGCGAAUAUGUGGCCAAGUAUAACAGUCAGCGAUGCACAAACCCCAUCCCCAAAGCAGAAGAACGGAGAUACUGUAACAGCCACCUACAGGUGCUUGGCUUCAUCCCUAAGAAGGAGCGUAAGAAGAAGCAGGAUGCUCUGGAGGAGGUUCGUGCCCGCGCUCACGUGGAGUCUGUGGCUCUGAACAUCACCGUUCCCUCUCUGGCUCUGAGAGACACUAAUGGACUGGAUGGGCUCCCUCCGUCUCCGCUCUGCUCCCGUCUGACUCCGAUGCCUCUCUCGGACUCAGACAUCCUCGACCCCUUUGCCUUCUAUGAGGAGGACACGGACGGAGAGGAAAGUGUGGUGCAGAAGAGCUCCAGCAAGAGGAAGCUGCCCAGCAGGCCAGUGAUUGGCCUGAGGGUGACCGCCCGGGACCCAGAGCACCGUCAGCCGGACAUUGAGCACUUUAGCGCCGUCACUGAACCCUGCACACUUCCAAAAUCCCCACAACCACCUCCACCACCGGCUCCACCUCCGCCUCAACCCUCGGCGAAGCUUGUCCAGUCCCCUGAACACACAGAUCGGCCCGCUUACGCCCAGCAUGGGGCAGUGCCGACUCUGCUAUGCAAGCCAGCUCCACCUCAGACUGGGCCUUCUGUUUUGUCUGGUCUGCUCCCGUCAGCUGGGGUUCAGAACCAGUCUGUUAGCCGGAGACCUGUCCCUGCUGCGUCCCCUCGCCCAGCUGCUGCCCAGGACUGCCCACAGCCCCGAGCCGUGGCCAUGCGGCCCACCGCCUUUACAGCACCCCCAGUCUGCCUGCUCAGACUGCAGCACCUCGUGCAGCUUUACACUCAGAGACAGAGAGAACACGGAGACCUGUUCCCACAUCUUGGGCUAGACUGGUCUGAGGACAGUACAGAUGAUGAAGAGGCAGAGGAGCUUGUUCCUUUAUUGCCUCAGGCCUGGAGACUUCAGGAAAAAAGCUCCUGUCAAAGCUCCUCCAAUGAAAAGCCGCUUUCCAGGCGGGCACGCCUGGCACAGCUAUGUACAUACCUACAGGAGAGGUAUAAGCACCUGUGUCGACAGGACCGGGCAGCCACCCGUCACAGCAGAUACCGAUAUGCCUUCCGGAAAGCUCUGCUCCACGCUGCAAGCAAAGACUCCGACUGCACUGCACAGCUCAUUCAGAAACUCAGCAAGAGCUCACAGACCUCACCCUGCUCACACAAGUAUGAAAGGGCAUUGUGUACGGGAACCACGAAGGGUCAAAGCUGCAGCAGCAUAGCUUUGCCAUUUUCACGUCACUGUUUUCAACAUAUCCUGUUGAAUCGCUCUCAGCAGCUGUUCUCCAGUUGCACGGCGCGGUUCGCUGAUGGACAGCAGUGCUCCGUUCCUGUGUUUGACAUCACUCACCAGACACCUCUUUGCGACGAGCAUGCCAAGAAAAUGGAUAAUUUUCUGCGUGGGGAUGGCAACAGACGCAGUCAGCAGCUGCGGCGCCCACGUAAGAAGUCCAAGCCACCUGCACUGACGAAGAAACACAAAAAGAAAAGAAGACGAGGUCCACGCAGACCGCAGAAGCCCAUUCCUCCCGCUGUGCCACAGGGCAACUUGCUAAUGCCCUCCCUCUCACUGCCCACCCACCACGCUCAUGUCAGUAGGAGUCCAUCGACCCCUGAACUCAGCGCAGAUGAGCUUCCUGACGACAUCACAAACGAAAUGCCUGACAUUCCCAAUGAUCUUGAGCUGAAUCAGGAAGAUUUCUCUGAUGUGCUGCCCAGACUACCCGAUGAUCUUCAGGACUUUGACCUUUUUGAGGGUAAGAAUGGAGAGUUGUUGCCCACCACAGAGGAGGCAGAGGAGUUGGUCAGAGCCCUGCAGGCCAUGGGGUCAUAUCCCGACUCCCUGGUGUGUUUGUCCUCAAUGGGUGAACUGACCCCAGCAGAUGGGGUAGACCACCGAACCAUGGCUGUGUUCUCGGGAUCAGGGGUCACAGCGACUAGCAUCGGAGACCUUCUAAAUGGCCGAAUGACUUCGGAGACUUUUCCCAAUCUAGAGCUGGAGGGAAACCUCCUCCAUGCCCCGACAGACCAUCAUUUCCCAACAUCCACUUCUCCCCAGCCAACGCAGAGCAGCACCACCACACCCUGUACAAAUCCCAAUGGUGGGUUAACAGAACGAACGUUUUCCCGAGCUCCCAAACCGGACUUGUCCCCACCAGGUAGUCAUUACAGCAGCGAGCAUGUGCCAACGCCCUACAGGGAUCCCAUCUCACCCCCACAUGGUGCCUCUUAUCAAACCGACCCGCCUCUCUUGCUGGAGGUGCCUUUGAGUGGAGCGCCUGGGCCACCGCGCACCUCCUGGAAUAACCUCCCGCUUUCUCUCACAGACCCGGCACAGUUCGGUAACCUCCUCACUGCUGAAACUCACCUGCUCUCCACUGCUCUGUCCACCCCUCCCUCCAUGUCCCAUUCCACAAUCCUGCAGCCCACCGCUGCUCUCUCCGCUCUACCCCAACCGGGCCUGACCGGCCUCACCUCACCAUCAUCCUCGCCCUCUUCACGGGAUUUUCUCACCCACACCCAACCUAAACUACAGCUCCCACAGUUUAGCGCAGCCUUCGGCCACCAACUGGCUUCCCACAGUGGGAUUCCCAAAGACCUGCAGCCUAGCCAUAGCUCAACAGCGCCACCUACAGGCUUUACCAUCACUAGUGCCACUGCGGCCACUCCCCCGUUCCCUCAGAGCAACUGAGUCUGGUUAGAGAGACCACCCCAUCUCACAUUUUAAAGGGAUAGUUCACUCAAAAAUGAAAACUUUCCUUAUUAACUCACUCUCAUGACUUCCGUUUGUCCUUGAAACAUGAAAGGAUAUAUUUUGAACAAUGUUCACUCUCUGCUCUUAAAAAAAAAAAAUUUAUGUAGCAAACAAGUGCUUUCAAUCUCCAAAAAGCACUCUUAAUUUCUGCACAUUUAAACUGGUGUAUAACAAUCGGUUAUGACUGAUUGUUUAGCAUUGUAUUUGCAUGGCAUAUUUGCCUGUUUACACACUGCAAGAUUGAGUAAAGGCCUGUUUACACUAAGACAAAUGUUAAGUAAACAUUUUAAUUUGAAUGAACGGUCGUUGAUGCAUAUGUAACACAAAUAUUGUACACGCUCAGUGCUAAUUUGGCACACAUUAGGCAGUCGUGGCCUAAUGGAUAGAGAGUUGGACUUGUAACCCGAAGGUCACGGGUUCAAGUCUCAGGUCCAGUAGGGAUUGAAGGUUGGGGGAGUAAAUAACCAGUGCUCUCUCCAACUUCAAUACCACGACUGAGGUGAGACCAUGAGCAAGGCACCACACCACAAACAAUCUAAGCUGUGUAAACAGGCCUUUAAUUACUUACAUUUCAGUCAGUUUCUAACACAAAGCUACCGUAUGUCUUCACUUGGAAUAUAGUGUACAAAUCAUAUGGACCCUUUUGUUAUGGUGCUUUUGUUUCCAUUCAUUUCUAAUUUCCUGAAGAAGAGCAGUCUGAACAUUCUUGAAAACGUCUCCUUUUGUGUUCUUCAGAAGAAAAUGUGGCUUUAAGGGUUUUUCUUUUGGGUGAACUAACUCUUGAAUGUCCAUCACCAACCUUAGAUCAGCAGCAGAUUUGAGUUUUUCUGUACACGUAUUUGCUUGGUCUGUCAACAGUGUCCAUCUUCUGUUUGUCUUCGUGGUGAUCCAAGAGUUAUGUUUUACUCUCAUAUGCCCUUUUUCCACUAAAUGGUGCUAGUGCAGGAGCCAGUGAUCUAUGGAGCUGUCCCAGAGACGACCCAUAUUUCUGGAUAGCCAAACUAUGAUCUAACUGACUACAUAACCAAAUCAUGCGCAUUACAGUCUUAGUUUAUUCAAGUUUUUAAGAACUUAUUUUUAUUGAAUUAUCAUAGAAACAAUCACGAUUCACAUAUGAUAUUUGUAAAUAAAUCAUUGUUUUAGACGGUGACUAUAAUGUUGUUUGAGAAGCUGUGCAGCACGAUUCAAAUUAGAAAUGUCAACUGUGGUUGUGCAACAUAUAUUUUUACCUUAUAUAGGACUCUUAUAGCAUCCAGUGACUCUAAUGUUACUAGAUCUUUGAGAUCUGCAGGUUUAGAAGGUAAGGCACAAAAACCACCUUUUUUCAGUGGAAAAACAUGCAAAAUGGUGCCAGGCAUCAGCACUGUGUCAGUGGAAAAGGGUUGAUGGUCUGUUGUAUUAAGGCUAGUGGAUCAUAUAUUCUUGUCAUAUUACUUAUUCCAUUAGUAUAAUAUUCCUCAAAUGAGAGUAGCAGGUUGAUGGUUGGCUAAUGUCCUGUAGAGUCUUUGUGAGAAGAAUGUGCUGGCUAGAGAAAGAGCAAGCAAGACUUGUUUAUACUUGGUAUUAGCACCAGUUUCGGGUAAUCUGAUCACAAGAAGUCAUCUGAGGAAUCAUCAUUUACACGUGGUGUUAACGUGGAUUUCCUUUGACCUUAUGACCACUUAUGGUGGGUUUUGUUGAGGGGAGUUAAUGUGAUUUCAGUAGUGUGUUAUCAGUGGGUCAUUAUGCUGAUGAAGUGCAAAAAUUGGCACACUCGUGCACUCAUAUUUCAACUUGAAUGAAGAUAGGAACAAUUUCCUAUUUCUGCAAUAUCUUGUGCUUUAUUUUCGAGCUAGCUGUCACUCACAUGAGAUUGCAGCAAUAAGCAAAUGACAGCGAACCAAUCAGUUCCUGAUUGACAAAUAAAGUCCCGCUCUUCGAGAUGCAGUCAUUCUGAUACGUCACAAUAGAGAAGAAAAUCUGGUUGCAAUGAGGUCAAUUUUAUAGUUGUACAUGGCUUGCAAAAUUGCAGCCCAUUGAUUAAGUCUUAAACGAGAAGGUGGUCCAGGGUGUGUUAUUGUAAUGUGAUGUGGCAUCUCUGAAAGUCUGAUUAGAUCACCCAAGAUGCAUACCAAGUAGAAAAACAAACCAUGAAUGUCAACACUGUCACAGUGGCACUGAAGUUGUCCAACUUUCAGCCUGAUUUUAGACACUAGCCCAGAAUGAACUCCAGCACAGCCAACAACACUCCUGUCUCUAUAUAACAGGACUGGUCUGAACUUGAUGUGGUCUCCAGAGAAUCCACCAUACGACUUGUAAUCAGGACACAAAUCUGUAUGACUGAACAGUGUGAUUCAUUGAUGGGUCUUUGCUCAUGCUCAGUGGACCAGGCCUGGACUGCUCACAUCACAAGGUGAAUUAAAGCAAUAAUCUCCUCAGCAGAGUCUCUCAUACCAGCCUCGGUGACAAACAGCUGGAUCUCAUUCUCCUUAAACGGAUGUUCAUGUUUGAUUCACGGCAAAGAUCUCAACUUCGCUAAUCUUGUAGAAACACUGACAUUGGAACUCUUUCUGUGAAGAGUAAAUGGAACAAUGACACUUUGAGGUGAUAUUUUGCCAAAUACAUGGGUUCAAAUGUUUGUUCUUCUUCAUGGUGCUUAAUCAGUUUAGGACCUUGUUUGGUCUUUCUAAUACAACCCCUUGGCGGCAAGGUUUCAGAGAACAGUAGAGCUGAAUGAAUGGCAGGAGAGUUGAGGUCAACUGAAAUAACCCUGCCCUUUUUUUGUGGACAUUUGGUGCAAUUUCUAUGGUGGAUGGUUUGUGCAACCUGAUGGUUCUUCUCCAGACUUCCACAGAAGUGUCAGGUUCAAACUCAGCCAUUUUUAGUCACCGUCAGUCAGCCUUAUCCCACGUGGGACCAAUGUUCCCUGCGGAUUUCAGUUUCACUCAUUUUAAGACCAUAAAACCAAGGUUUUUGGUAGAUUUUAGACACUGAACCAUUAUCUUAUAUAUUAAGUAUUAAAUAUAUUUAUAGAAUAGAAUCCUCUAGAUUGGGUUUUAUUGGUUGAAUUGAGUGGCGAAGGGUAAAUAUGAAAUUUGAAAGAAAACGAGUCAUUUGCAGCAUACUUGGUGGAACCGAUGCAUUUAGUGGCAUAAUGUUUGGUAGUUUUAAUGGCUAUCAAAAUUCUCGUGAUUAAUCAUUUUGUAUUGAUUGAUGUUGUGUAUCUGUGGAUGAAGAGACUGUGAUCAUGUGCAGCAGUAUUUUUGAUAGCUAUUAAAAAAUAACAGUCAGUGGCCGCUGAACGAUGUAAAAUCACAGCCGUGACCCUUAUGCACUUAGUCUAAUCCAAUCUCACUAGCCGGAAAAGAAAAAAAGAAUGGGUCUCAUUCAUGAUUAACCAUUCUUAUGUAAUUACAUUUAGUAAUUUCUAAAGAAAGAGCAGUGACAGUUUACGCAAGAAUGGUUUUUAAAAAAGAUGAAUUCUUGCAUAAACUGAACAGUUCAUAAAACUGCUGUUACAUAAUUUUCACACUGAAUGGAAUCAUCUGUAAAACAGUUAUAAAUUGUGGCAUUGAACUGGUUUAAAACCACUUAGAUUGAAUCACUAGUAGAAUCAUUCUUGUAUAAGUUGACAUUAUAUUGAAUGCAACAGCUUGCGUAAUAAUGGUUUUAUGAUGAUUUACACACAUUCUGCUCUGCUUCAUGAAAGAGAUCAUUGUGUGGCAGAAUGAUCACAGGUAUACUGGAGCUGUUACUUCAUUUGGAGGGAUCCUUGAGUAAGUCAAUCACUCAAAGUUCAUUUGUAGUGACAAAUCAUUGUUCAUUUUCAUCUCCUGUGAUCAGCUGCACUUUCAUCUGCACGGUGUUCCACAGGUUCAAAAUGACUUUUCAGUCACUUGUGCAAAAGAGUUGUCCACCAAUGUCCAUCAGUUGUGGCAAAAGCAUUUUUGUUCCUCUAAUGAGCUGAAAUGUUGUGUGCAGUCCAAGUUUUUACUGUGUUACUACUGUGUGAAUGACAGCAGGUCUGCUGCACAGAGACACCCCCAGACAAAAGUCGCUUGCACUCUGCGUUUAGAUGGCUGACUGAUUCCUGUACUCACUGAAUGUACUGUAGAACUGUUUAUACAACUCAUAGGAUAAAUCUAGUCACCUUUUGUUAUUGGUCAUUAAUUUGUCUAAGGUAUUUUUUUGUAUACAAAAGUUUACAUUUUUAUGUAUAUUUUUCUUGUGUAAAAAAAGUAUGUAAUAUGUGUAUAAAAUUGUAUGUAAUAUCUGUAUAUAGAGUGACAGAUUUUGAUCUUGUUUUUGGAUGUAAGAAUUAAAAUGGUGUGAAUUUGUUAGAUCGUUACAGUUGUGUCUGGAAAGGGUGAUGAUGGCAGUGAACACUCAAGAGUUGGACAUUAGUCUGGUUUGAACUUUAGCACAGAUUUAUAGUCCUGCAAUCCCAUGGGCUCUUGUUAUAUAACAUAUUAAAAUGCUGUUAUCAUCCAGGUGCAA